AUGCAAUUCUUCAUAGCACGCGAAUACCUCUUGCCCGCAGAAACUACAUCAAUUUGUCUGUGGUCAAUUGAUCCGGUCCAAGCCACCCUAAGCCUGGCGCGAGAUUCGAUGCUCGCACAACGCUCCCCAGCCAUGGCUCCCGACAACGAGUCAUCCGACUCUCGCCUCACGAGGUCCCAAGCCCAGCCAGCAUCCCCCAUCUUUCAGUCGAGGGCAGCGAAGCAACUAGGCUUGUUCUUCGCCGGCGCUGGCUUCCUGAUGUUUUCGACCUUUGUCACGCGACGCGCCAUCACACGCAAGCAAUUAGCCGCCUAUCCCAAGUUUUAUCAGCCCAGUCACAGCCCCGCAGGCAAGCAGGUCAACCCUGAAGGCUCUAUGAUUGCCUUGGAAGCACUGAACUUGGCGACGCUCAAUGUGAUCAGUUUUGGCAUGAUGAUGACUGGAGGUGCUGCCUGGGCCUUUGAUGUUACUUCUGUCGAUGACCUGAGAGAGAUGGCGCGCAGAAGCAUUCGUGGAGCCGCUGGCCAAACAGACGAGGCCGCCGAGCGAGAGUUCGAAGAAUGGGCUGCCAAAGUUCUUACCAAGUUUGGAAAGGCCCCUGAGGAUGAAGCAGCAAAAAAAGCCGAGUCCGACUCCAAGAAAGGCAAGGAGGGUCAGUGA